AGAAACAGGAAACAGGAAACACGUGAGUACAGGAAAAGAGAAACUGAAGUGUGGCUGAGCUGCUGUGUGUUGUGUCUCUAAAAUCAAGCAGUAAAAUGGCAGAAGCCAGAAUUUUUCAGGAUGAGUUCUUGUGUCCAGUGUGUCAGGAUCUACUGAAGGAUCCAGUGACUAUCCAGUGUGGACACAGUUACUGUGAGAGCUGUAUUACAGACUGCUGGGAUCAGGAGGAUCAGACGAGAGGAUACAGCUGCCCUCAGUGCAGACAGACCUUCAGUCCAAGACCUGCUUUAGCUAGAAACACCAUGCUGGCUGAAGUGGUGGAGAAACUGAAGAAGAGGAAACGUUCUGCUGACUGUGACGCUGGAGUUGAAGAUGUGCAGUGUGACGUCUGUACUGGAAGAAAAUACAAAGCCGUCAAGUCCUGUCUGAUGUGUCUGAACUCGUAUUGUCAGAAUCACCUUGAGGAACACGAGAGUUGGUUUAAAGGAAAGAGACACAAUCUGACUGAUGCCACUGGACGACUGCAGGAGAUGAUCUGCCAGAAACAUGAGAAGCUCCUUGAAGUUUUCUGUCGCACUGACCAAAAAUUCAUAUGUGUGCUGUGUACGAUAGAUGGACAUAAAAACCAUGACACUGUAUCUGCUACAGCACAGAGGACAGAGAAACAGAAGCAGCUGAAGGAGACACAGAAGACGCUCCAACAGAGAAUCCAGCAGAAAGAGAAAGAUCUUCAGCAGCUGAGAGAGACUGUGGAGUCUCAGAAGCGCUCUGCACAGACAACAGUGGAGGACAAUGAGAGGAUCUUUACUGAGCUCAUCCGUUCCAUUAUGAGAAGUCACUCUGAGCUGAUACGACUGAUCAGAGAACAGGAAAAGACUGCAGUGAGUCGAGCUGAAGAACAACUGGAGCGACUGGAGCAGGAGAUCAAUGAUCUGAGGAGGAGAGACGCUGAGCUGGAGCAGCUUUCACACACACAGCAUCACAUCCAGUUCCUGCAGAGUUUCCAGUCUCUCUCAGCACCUCCUGAAUCUACAGACGUAAAUGAUGAUCCCUUCAGUUCUCUCUUCUCUUCUGAUGAUCUGAGAGAAUCUGUCCAUCAGCUGAGAGACAAACUGGAGGAUUUCUGCAAAGAGGAGCUCAAGAAGAUCUCAGACAGAGUCACACUCACCAACAUUGUUCCCAGAACCAGGAACGACUUCCUACAAUAUUCCCAUCAGCUCACUCUGGAUCUGAACACAGCACAUAAACACCUCCGUCUGUCUGAGAACAACAGAGAGAUUACUCACACUUACAGAGAGCAGUCGUAUCCUGAUCAUCCAGACAGAUUUGAUCAUUAUCGUCAGGUGUUGUGUAGAGAGAGUGUGUGUGGACGCUGUUACUGGGAGCUGCAAUGGAGUGGAAAUUAUGGUGUGCAUAUAUCAGUGUCAUAUAAGAGCAUCAGCAGGAAGGAAGGUGUUGAGUGUUUGUUUGGAUCUAAUGAUCAGUCCUGGAGUUUGAUCUGCUUUCCCUCCAGAUACUCAUUUUGGCACAAUAAGAUACAGUCUGCUCUCCCUGUAGAGUCCAUCAGCAGUAGAAUAGGAGUGUUUGUGGAUCACAGUGCAGGAACUCUGUCCUUCUACAGCGUCUCUGACACAAUGAGCCUCAUCCACACAGUCCAGACCACAUUCACUCAGCCGCUCUAUCCUGGGUUUGGGUUUGGCCCUGGAUCAUCUGUGAAACUCAUCAGUGUUGAUGAAUCAGAUUAGACUGACAAGAGAUUCUACCCAUAAUGCUUUGAGGUGCAUGAUAAAUCAAUAACAGUGAGAUGUUAUAGAGUCUCUUCUUUUCUCUUCAUGACAUUAAUACUUCAGCUGAACUUCUGUCAGUUAAAUAACAUGUCAGAAUAAAUGUGUAAUAAAUCUUCAUAUAGACA